GUGCAAAUUUUGUUGGUGCAUUCUGUAUAUACCAUGAGUAACUUUCGUGCAAAUAUUAUAUUCAUCUAUAAACUUGUGUUUAAGCUCAAACUCAAGCUCUGACCUAGAAUAAACACGGUCAUUAUUCAACCGAGACCCAACAAUUGGGCUUUAAAUCUGGUUGCUUUACAUAAACUAGCAAAAUCAUAUUUUAUCCAUGCUGUCAAUUAUGGUAUUACUCAUUGAGCCUGAAGAUAGUUGAUGCCUUUAUUAAUUAUCGCAUUCUAAAAACGUAUUCAGUUGAACUUAUUUUAAAUUUCUUGCUUUUCAAAAUUCCAAAAAAUGUCCGUCCUAACUGAGCUUGCGGCAUUUCAUUUUCUUUCGUUAAUCUUAUUUUUCUUAAACUUAUAUGGACAUCUUUGUGUAGCGGAACUUCCUGAAAAUAGAAAAAGUGAAGACUCAAUGGUGCUAGUUAAAGGGGGCGUGACCGAAGUUGGGCUGGAAAAACCCAUUAUACCACAGGACGGCGAGGGUCCCAUCCGCAAAAUUGAUGUGCCCUCUUUCUACAUAGAUAAAACGGAGGUCACAAACGCACAGUUCAAACGAUUUGUUGAUGCAACAGGUUAUAAAACAGAGGCUGAAAAAUUUGGCAACUCGUUUGUGAUGCAGAGUUUUGUGAGCGAAGAAAUCAAUUCAAAAAUUACUCAAUCGGUAGCUAGUGCCCCGUGGUGGCUUCCGGUUGACAAAGCCGACUGGCAACAUCCUGAGGGUCCAGACUCCUCAAUCAAGAGUAGAAUGGACAAUCCAGUGGUGCACGUGACUUGGAAUGACGCCACUGAGUUCUGCAGGUGGGCGGGAAAGAGACUCCCUUUUGAGGCCGAGUGGGAGAGGGCGUGCAAUAAUGGCAGACCGACUAG